CCAAAUCCCAUCCUCCAAAAUGACCAAAUCCAACCGCCUCCCCAAGCAGAACCACCACCGCUCCCGAGCCCAGCGCCGAGACGACAACAACUACAUCAACUCGCGCCACUUCAUCCAAACCUCCAAGCAAGAACCCGCGUCCGACUCCCAUGACUCUUCCGAAUACGACACCUGCUCUGGCUACGAGAGUGCUCCUGGCUACGACAGCUCGCUUGAGAACUCGUCCGAAUACGACCCCUUUUAUGGAUGCGGUUCAUCUUCUGGCGUUCCCAGCUCUUUUGGCUCUCGCGCUGCUUCUCCCGACUCCGAGUCCUCUCAAGUUCAAAAGGAGCGACUUGCCCAGAACACCAAGUCGAAGGCAGCUGCCGAUUCGAAGGAGCCCAAGUCCAACGCCUCGGCUGGUGCGGCCUCUUCCACCACUUCCAAGCCCUCGACGACCUCCUUUGCGCCUGUCGGAGCGAGCGCCUUCUCCAGCUCCGGCCUUUCGAAGAAGUAG